UUGGAACACUGCCGCGAGUCACAUGAUCCACGGACAUUUGUUGAUCCGCUCUAGCCUCGCCUUCCGCAUUAUUAAUCAUCCCGCACGAAAAGUUCCUCCCUUCGCCCUUUUCUCAUCCGCAUAAAACAAUCCCCGUCCUCCGUCUCGACCCCGUCCACAGAACGUUAACUGGCGGAUGCGAUCAUCAUCGAAAAGCUGCCUCCAGAGUAUGCUAUCACUCAAGUAACGCCUGCCAUUACGCUAAUACCAUCUGCACAUGGCUAACAACCGCGUUGUUCAAGACUAUACCGCGCACCAGCCUUCCGGAGAUCCGCUUAAACCACAACCCUCCCGCUCUGCCGUUCCUGCAGGUGAUCCGGAUACUAUGAAUUCCAGAGAUCAUUCUGAGAUCCCUCCGGCUCACUCGUACCCUUCUCCCAACGCGGCGCAAAUCGGCCAAGCCACCAUGUCCUACUACGCCAACCAGUCCAGACAUUUGACCGCGGAUGAACUGCAUCUCUCCGCUGAAUUGUCGCGCGAGGCUUCUGCUGCGAAUAUCAACGAUGGCUCUACUAAUGCAAUUGGCCAUGGCCAGCCAAUGGUCUUGGGCCAGUCCAAUUCUGGCGCGGCCGACAUGAAUCGCGCUACGCCAGAUGACCAGCAUCAGCAACAACAACAACAACAACAACAAGAACAGCAGCAGCAGCAGCAACAGCAGCAACAGCAGCAACCACCACAACACCAACAAUCGCAUCUCAUUCAGUUCACACCCAAUCAGCAAGUUGGAGUUGACCCAAAUCAUGACUUGAGCUAUGGUGAUCAAAGUGCGCGACGGAAACGAUCCAAGGUGUCACGGGCGUGCGACGAGUGCAGGCGCAAGAAGGUUCGAUGUGAUGCGACCUCAGAAGCAGGGGUUGAGACUUGCUCUAACUGCCGCCGUACCAAUGCGACUUGUGAAUUUAGUAGGGUCCCCAUGAAACGUGGUCCUAGUAAAGGGUACAUAAAAGAGCUUGCCGACCGUAUCAACAGCCUUGAAAAUCAGAUGCAUCCUGGAAUCGCCCAAUCUGAUAUGCAGUACCAACCAAUGCAGGAUGACACGUCUCCUCGUGGAUACCAGGAUUUUUCAUCCCCAGUGGACGCCAAUCUUCUAUCCCGCAAGAGGACAUACUCUAUGUCAGAAGGUCUUCCGAACACUUUUAUGCAACCUCAAUUUUCCCAAAAUGGGCGUCCCUCUUCAGUUGGAGGUUGGCCUGUCCAAACGCCUAGUAAAGACCAGUCUCAGGUUCCCCAGGGAGAUGGCGGCGCUGGCGUCGACAUGUAUUCCAGUACACUCCUGACCAAUGGAUCUGCUAAGGUUAGUCAGCCGUUCUGGUCACAAGAAGGUACUACAGCAGGACAGCAAACCGAUAUCAGCGGGUUGGGUCAUGAACCCCAGCGGCCGAUUGAGUUAGAUGACAAGGUUUUUGACGCUUACUAUAAUCAUAUCCAUCCCAUUUUACCCGUGUUGCCCAAUUCAAGGGAUCGAUUCCGGGAUCAUCUCCAACAAGUUAAUCGUCAGAUCAAAGAGGUGUUCCUGCACUGUCUCUAUGCAGUCACUGGAGCAAGUUUGCUCCGUGCUGGGGAUCAAUUCCAACAAAUCCCAACCUUCGAAAAAGCUCAAGAUCGGAUAUACUCCUCGUUUCGAGAAGAGCCAUCUUCCAGGUCAAUGUCAACUAACUUUGUGCUUCUUCAAAGCAUACUAUUGAUGGUACUUGAAGCGGACACUCGUGGCCCGGAAAAUCUGCGUGGUCAGAAUGGUCUAUCAAAAUCACUUCUUUUGGAGUUCGCAUACCCUCUGUCGUAUCAUAUCGCGAAAAAUCUGGGUCAGAUCAGGACUAGCAAUCCAGAUGACACGGAUUCUGAUUCUGAUGGGAAUAUCGCACGGCGGAAUUGGAUUGUCGUCGGAAUUUUAUCACGUUGGCACGCCGUUGCUGUAGCGGGUCCUGACCUUUUUGAUACCCACGAAACUGCCACGCUUGAAGAUCGACAGACUUUUGGUGUUGGACCACUGCAAAUAUCGCGUUAUUCUACACUCUUAACAGAGAUCCACGAACUCCUUUUCGAUAUCACCCCAUAUACACUGUCGAACUACGGCACCAGCCGCGCUCUUAAGCGCAACAUGUACGGUCAACUGAAUCGUAUCAGAGAUGUCGAACAGCUCCCUCUCGACGGCAGCGGUGACAACUUGACCGCUGCACGUAUCGACGAACUCUCCCCACUCAUGUUCUGGUUCAUCACUCUCCUCCUCAAACGACAUCUGUUCACCUACACCCCUUCCGAAAUCCUCUACCCGGCAGAAGUCAUCAUCGACCUCCUUCACAGACAGUCACAAUCGCAGACUUCUGAAACAACAGCAAUAACGACCCAGACCCCAACAACACCAUUCCACGUUCACUUCCUCUCCCUUGCCGUACUAACACUCCUUGAAAUCACCGAUCUGCCAGACCUCGCAAAUGACGCGUGGGAGUCGUUAGAGAAAGCACUACAGGUCAUCUCGCAUCGCGAGAAAUACUCGGCGACGGCGGGAGAGUUUGAGAAUAUCUUCGCCACGCCCAGCUGGGAUGCGUGUAUACAUGCCUUCAUCCAAACGAAGCUUGCAAAGGGCCGACCCCAACAAUCGGGCCCACAAGGCGCCUCCACUAGCGGUAGCAGCGGCGCGAUGGGGCCCGGAUCGGCUCUUCCGCCGGUUGUGGGGCCGAAGGAACAGCGCUCGCUGCAGCAUUUGGCCGAUUUAGCCGUUGGAGCUGGUGGAGCUGGUAGUGGGAACGCAUCGUCGCCACCGGGUACAUCUGCUGGUAAUGUCCCGGCCUACGAGAAGGAGACUAACGCUGCAGCCACUUCUGGUGGUCCGGGGGAAAUUGCGGAUGGGUUACCUCAUCAGCAGCCGUCCGGCGCGGAGCAGCAGAAACAGGCGUUGGCACCGUCAUUUCCGAUGUUCAUUGAUUUUACAAGGCUGACCAGGAAGGGGUAUUUGAAUGUGCUUGCUGGAGGCUGAAGCUGAAAUUGAUGUGUUGGUUUGCAUGUUGGUGUGGAAUUUCUUUUCUCCUGUUUAACCCUUUUUAAUUUUGGGCAGUCGUCGGAUGGCGGGUUUCUGUUCAAAACAGAGAGUGGAAAGAAGGUGAGCACAACUUGUAGAACAGAAUUGAUUGAGGCCAAAUGGGAAAUCUCUAUUUGCUUUUUCGGGGUUGGGACAUGGGGGUUCGGUUUUUUUUCUUUUAACGUUCUUUUGUUUUCUAAGGCGGCGGGCGGGUUUAUUUAUAUAUAUAUGUAUAUAUAUAUAUAUUAGAUUGUACUCAACACCCUCCACCACUUCCUCCUCCUUCACCCCAAAUUUCAAUGAUUCGUUUAACCCCUCUGCUUCUGAUUUUUGCGUUACAUUUAGUAUCCAUGGCGCAUAUUUUCUCCAUAAGGUCUUUUUUCCUCUCACAUUUAAUCUCAUACUCAUUUUAUUUGUAUCUUAUUUAUCUGCUUCUUUUCUAUUUUUAACUCCUACUUCUCAAGUUGCAGAACUGCGGCUUUGGUCAUUUGUCUGUACUUGUACGAGCUUGGGCGUGUGUAUGAACUUUUGGUUUUAUCUUUGCUCUUAUGGCUGGCUACAUUAAUUGAUUAAUUGAUUGAAGGGUGGGUGGCAAUAUGAAAAAUAUAUGAAUUAAUAUUGAAUUUAAUUGUGUUAUCCUCAUCUAUUUUAGCCUGCCUCUUUAAUUUUUUUUAUCUAUUCUAUGCUUUCCAUCGAGCAUACAUCCGGGAAGAUGAGAUGCUAAGAGUGCUUAUUGAUUGGAUCUGGCAGCCUUGUUACUUUUCGGCUACUCAAUUUCUUCAGUGUGUCAUUAAUCAUAUGUACUGUACAUUUGUCAUUCGACGAAUUAACUAGCCUUAAUUGAUUUGUGUUCCGAUCAAACAGCAA